UGAGAGAAGAGCCCUGAGGAACAGACGUUCCCUGGCGGCCCUGGCACCUCCAACCCCAGACAUGCUGCUGCUGCUGCUGCUGCCCCUGCUCUGGGGGACACAGGGGAUGGAGGGAGACAGAAAAUAUGGGGAUGGUUACUUGCUUCAAGUGCAGGAACUGGUGACGGUGCAGGAGGGCCUGUGUGUCCAUGUGCCCUGCUCCUUCUCCUAUCCCCAGGAUGACUGGACUUACUCUGACCCAGUUCACGGCUACUGGUUCCGGGCAGGAGACAGACCAAACCAAGAGGCUCCAGUGGCCACAAACAACCCAGACACAGAGGUGCAGGCGGAGACCCAGGGCCGAUUCCAACUCCUUGGGGACCGAUGGAGCAAUGACUGCUCCCUGAGCAUCAACGACGCCAGGAAGGGGGACGAGGGGUCAUAUUUCUUUCGGCUAGAGAGAGGACGCAUGAAAUGGAGUUAUAAGUCACAGUUGAAUUACAAAGCUAAGCAGCUGUCUGUGUUUGUGACAGCCUUGACCCAGAGGCCUGACAUCCUCAUCCAAGGGACCCUAGAGUCUGGCCACCCCAGGAACCUGACCUGCUCUGUGCCCUGGGCCUGUGAGCAGAGGAUGCCCCCCAUGAUCUCCUGGAUUGGGACCUCCGUGUCCUCCCUGGGCCCCACUACUGCCCGCUUCUCAGUGCUCACCCUUAUCCCAAAGCCCCAGGACCACGGCACCAGCCUCACCUGUCAGGUGACCUUGCCUGGGACGGGUGUGACCAAGACCAGGACCGUCCAACUCGAUGUGUCCUACCCUCCUUGGAACUUGACCGUGACUGUCUUCCAAGGAGAUGACACAGCAUCCACAGCCCUGGGAAAUGGCUCAUCUCUUUCAGUCCUGGAGGGGCAGUCUCUGCGCCUGGUCUGUGCUGUCGACAGCAAUCCCCCUGCCAGGCUGAGCUGGACCCGAGGGAGCCUGACCCUGUGCCCCUCACAGCCCUGGAACCCUGGGCUGCUGGAGCUGCUGCGAGUGCAUGUGAAGGAUGAAGGGGAAUUCACUUGCCAAGCUGAGAACCCUCGGGGCUCCCAGCACAUUUCCCUGAGCCUCUCCCUGCAGAAUGAGGGCACAGGCACUGCAAGGCCUGUAUCAGAAGUGACACUGGCGGCAGUUGGGGGAGCUGGAGCCACAGCCCUCGCCUUCCUGUCCUUCUGCGUCAUCUUCAUCAUAGUGAGGUCCUGCAGGAAGAAAUCAGCAAGGCCAGCAGCGGGCGUGGGGGAUACAGACAUGGAAGGUGCGAAGGCCGUCAGGGGCUCAGCCUCUCAGAGACCCCUGACUGAAUCCUGGACAGAGGGCAGUCCUCCAAAGAAGCCUCCCCUAGCUGUUGCCCACUCAUCAGGGGAGGAAGGAGAGCUCCAGUAUGCAACCCUCAGCUUCCAUAAAGUGAAGCAUCAGCACCCGCAGAGACAAGAGGCCACUGACAGUGAGUACUCGGAGAUCAAGAUUCACAAGUGAGAAUCUGCAGAGACUCGGGCCUAUUUCUGGAAUCACAACCCCUCCAGCAAAGAAGUCAGAGGCUGAUUCUCAUAGAACAAGAGCCCUCUAGAGCCCCAUGGUAUGCAGUAGGUCACCAGGGCUCCCUCCUCCUGUCUACCCAAACUUGGACCAACAUCUCCCCUUUC